CGGCGGGCCAUUCACACGUGCCAGAGGGAAAGGAGGUCUAGGUACGAGCAGACGCGUUUCUACAUUCCUAAUUAUUUUGUCAUAAGACCGUCUGAAGUAACAGUGAAGUCAAGUUAUAAAUCUGAAGGGUGGAUAUUUGUAACGGAAGGAAGGUCUAUUCAUAUGAUUUCGUGUAGUAGGAGCGUCGGCGGGAGAGUGUUAAAGCUUCAGAGGAACCAUUUUCACCAGAACGUUACCAAACUUCGUGAGGCAUCCAGUAUCAAAGUUACACCUGGGAAGAUGGUUGCUACAAACAAAUCUGUUGCCUUUUGCUGGUUAAGGAAUGACCUUCGCUACCAUGAUAAUGAGAUCCUGACAAAAGCAAAUAUCAAUGCAGAUCAUGUGGUUCCAGUUUACUGCUUUGAUCCGAGGCAUUUCAAAGGCACCUAUCACUUCGGAUUUCCCAAGACAGGACCUCAUCGUGCAAAGUUCCUGAAGGAGAGCGUAGAGGACUUAAGGGCAACACUAAGGAACAGAGGAAGUGACCUGGUGGUGCGAAUUGGUAAACCAGAAGAGGUGUUACCUUUCCUGAUAAAGUCUGUUGCUGCUACUACUUCCCACCUUGUGUUCCAGGAAGAGGUGACGAAAGAGGAGAAAGAUGUCGAACGAAGCGUGCGUGACAGGUGUAAAGACGCAGGUGUUAAUGUGCACUCCUUUUGGGGUGCUACUCUGUAUCACAAGACAGAUCUGCCAUUCCCCAUCAAUAAAGUCCCAGACACAUACACCAACUUCCGUAAAGCAGUAGAAGCCCAGAGCCGAGUCCGUGGCGUGUGUAAUAUGCCUGACAAGUUGAAACCAUUGCCUGAGAAUCUCGAUUUGGGAGAAAUCCCCACACUCUCUAAACUAGGAGUUGAAGAAUUGCCCAUGGACCAAAGAACUGCCUUCCCCUUCUCUGGGGGUGAGACAUCCGGUUUAGCAAGAGUCAAGAAUUACCUCUGGGAUACCAACAAUGUGGCCAACUACAAGGAGACAAGAAAUGGUCUCCUGGGUGAAGCUUAUUCCACAAAAUUCAGUCCAUGGCUAGCCCAUGGUUGUCUGUCUCCACGUUACAUCUUCAACGAGAUCAAGAAAUAUGAGAGCCAGAGAGUUGCUAACAAGAGCACAUAUUGGGUGAUAUUUGAAAUGAUUUGGAGAGACUAUUUUAGAUUUGUGUGCAUGAAAUUUGGAGACAGGGUAUUUUACCCCUCUGGAAUCAUGGGAAAGAAGGUCCACUGGAAGAGGAAUGCGCAGCUCUUCGAGAUGUGGAAAGAUGGAAGAACUGGAGUCCCCUUUGUCGAUGCAAACAUGCGAGAGCUGAAGGAGACUGGGUGGAUGAGCAACCGUGGACGUCAGAAUGUAGCCUCCUUCCUUCUCAAAGACCUGGGUCUUGACUGGAGACUUGGAGCCGAGUGGUUUGAAUCUCAGUUGCUUGACCAUGAUGUGUGCAGUAACUAUGGCAACUGGAACUACGCAGCAGGGAUUGGGAAUGACCCGAGAGAGAACAGGAAGUUCAACAUGGUCAAGCAAGGAUUGGAUUAUGAUCCUGAGGGUAACUUUAUACGCGUGUGGGUCCCAGAACUCAAGAACAUUAAGAAUGCAAGAAUCCACACCCCGUGGAAGAUGAACAUUGCAGAAUUGACAAAUGCUGGAGUCUCCUUAGGCGAAGAUUAUCCCAAACCUGUUGUCAUAGCACCAGAAUGGGGACGCCAUGAUCACAAAAUGAACAACAGCAACAGCAACAAGAAACAGAAAGGCAGCUGGAUGCCACCAGGCCAGAAGCGCGGAAUAGAUUUUUAUUUCAGUGGAAAUGGAAAGUAACCAUAGAUUUUGGAGAAUUAUUUUAUUUACAUUUUUAUUUAUUUACAAUUUUUAUUUAUUGUGUAGAUGUAUUCAAUGUACCCUACUUUAUAACAAUAAAACCCCUUUUUUAUC